UGCUGGAUGGUCGAUGGUUUUCGAUAUUUCGGUUGUGUGGUUACUUUAAUUUAUUGACAAAAAUGUAACACUUCUAUUUUAAAUUGACUAUGUUUUUACAACCGGAAUGAUACCUGUUUUAUCCAAGUUAAGUUAUUUGUGUAAAUAUUGAAGGUGUUUUUAUUCAAGUAAGAACUCGACGCGAAUAGCGAAAAUGUCUUCGAAGAGUGAAUUAAAAAAGUUGUCAGAGGAAAGUUUAACAAGACAACCUGAAGAAGUGUUUGACAUAAUAUGCAAAUUAGGAGAGGGAUCCUAUGGAUCAGUUUACAAAGCAUUGCACAAAGAAAGUGGACAGGUACUUGCUAUUAAACAAGUACCUGUCGAUACAGACUUACAGGAAAUUAUAAAAGAAAUUUCUAUCAUGCAACAGUGUGAUUCUCCAUAUGUUGUUAAAUAUUAUGGGAGCUACUUUAAAAACACUGAUUUAUGGAUUGUAAUGGAAUAUUGUGGGGCUGGAUCUGUUAGCGAUAUUAUGAGGUUAAGGAAGAAAACUCUUCAAGAAGAUGAAAUAGCAACAAUCCUCAGUGAUACCUUAAAGGGUUUAGAAUAUCUUCACUUGAGAAGAAAAAUACAUAGAGAUAUUAAAGCAGGAAAUAUCUUGCUCAAUAAUGAGGGGCAUGCAAAGCUAGCAGAUUUUGGGGUAGCAGGACAAUUAACUGAUACAAUGGCAAAACGUAACACAGUAAUAGGAACUCCAUUCUGGAUGGCUCCAGAAGUAAUACAAGAAAUUGGAUACGAUUGUGUCGCGGAUAUAUGGUCCCUUGGUAUAACUGCUUUAGAAAUGGCAGAAGGCAAGCCACCAUAUGGUGAUAUACACCCAAUGAGAGCAAUAUUUAUGAUACCAACUAAACCACCACCUAGCUUUAGAGAACCUGAUCAGUGGAGUUCUGAAUUUAUCGAUUUUGUCAGUGGGUGCCUUGUUAAAAAUCCAGAAGAAAGAGCUACUGCAACCGAGCUUUUGAAUCAUGAAUUUAUAGGUAAUGCCAAACAACCGAGUAUUCUGAGUCAAAUGAUCGCAGACGCUCAUGAAAUACGAGAAAAACAGAGCGCACAUCGAGCUCAUGUUAUUAACAACGUGGCAAUAAAAAAUCAAAACCAGACGGAAGACUCGGACGAAGAAGACUGUAGCGGAACGAUGAAACCUUUGCCAGAGGAUACAGGAACUUUAGUACCAAGUCACGAUCUUCCAGAUACAGGAACACUUGUUUCUGCAAUGUUGGACUUAGGAACAAUGGUUAUUAAUAGUGACACAGACACCGAAGCAACUAUGAAACGUCAUAAUACAGGGUCAGUUGAAUCCGGAAAGAAAUACCGGCCAUUAUUUUUAGAUCAUUUUGACAAAAAGGAAGCACCUGAAAUAGGAAAGGGUAAUGGACAAAUACUUGGGGCGCAUAAUCCAGAUAAUGAAAGUAAAUUAGAAUUACGAAGCCCGACAGAAUCUCAAAGGUUUCAAAGUCAUCUACAAUUACAGCUUAACCAGAUUUCUCAUCCUGUACAAGAGCAACCUCAUAAUAACAUAUCUAAGUUCCAAAAUGUCUUCGCGGAACGCGAUUUCGAUUUCAUAAACAACCAUAUCCUGCAGCUGAAGUUUCUCUCAUACGAGGAACUACAGCAACGAAUGGCUAAUCUGGACGCAGAAAUGGAGCGGGAAAUCGACGAACUAAGAAGAAGGUACCAAACGAAGAGGCAACCAAUUCUUGACGCCAUGGAUACUAAGCGGAAACGUCAGCAGAACUUCUAACAGUUUGGUUAAUUUUUUUUUAUGCAAAUAGGUGUGAUGACGAUAGAUAAAGGGUGUACAGUUGUAUAAAUGAAUAGAUUUUAUUCGUCUCGACCUUAGUUUCAUCAAAGAGAAGAACGUUGACAUUUCAAUUACAUAUUUAGCUAACGAAAAGAGUGACAGCAAUUAAAGUAUUUUCUUCUCUUUAUAAGCCAAUGUUCUUCCUCUUUAUGAAUUAAGAACGAGUAACUAAUACUAGCUAAUAGCCUCACGUCACCAAUGUAAAUUAUUUUACAUGAUUUAGGUGAACAAUCAUUAUACUUAAUUUUUUAUCAUUAUGUUUACCUAUCUAUUGUUAAAUAUGCUAUUCUUAUAGAAAUAUUAUGGAAUCUCCUCAGCAUUCUUUAGAAACUAAAGCAAAAAGAAAAAAAAAGGAAAGCAAUCGAAUGCAAUGGGAGUGGAAUAAUUAGAAUGCCAUAUUUGUAAUUUUUUUUUUUGUUGAGAAUGAAAUCCAGUGAGGUGUCCACGUGAAAUUGAUAUUCGGUUUUCGUCUUACGCUAGUCACCUAUUAUGCCAUUUAUUUUAUCCAUAAUAUUACAUUAUCAAAUAUCAUCACUCAUACGAAAUACAUGCAUGGAGAUCAUCCCGAAAAUAUAUUUAUAUAAUCUUGUGCGCUAAUGUAUCGUUUACUUGCGAAAGCAAUUUCUGAUAAGUGAGCAAACUUUAGAAGGUAUUAAAGAAUUUACUCCUUUUUUUUACUGCCAUAGAUAUUAUUACGCGUUUACCUACAGAUAUUAAUAUUAGGUUAUGGAACAUUCGUUCUUACGUCAAUGACUUAGUUUUAAAGUUUUGUAAAAUGGAAAUCGCGAAUUGUUUGGUAGUGUUUUAUACCACGCAAGAUUAGAAAUUAGAGUGAUAACAUCUCAAUGUCGAAUAUAAUAUGACGAAUGAAUUUACUGAAAUUAGUCUUCCGUAUUAGAACGUAUUUCAAUAUUUCACUAAUUCGUUAAAAUCAGUAUUCAAAUUGCUGAGAAUGAUCAUCACAAAGCAAUGGCAAGAUUUAUAAUAUUUUUAGAUUUAUAUAAAUUUAUAUUUUAUUGAAAUGCAUUUUUUUUUAUUUUUUUUAAAUAAUUUUCGUACGUAAGAUUUUCAAAUAUGUUAUCAUUGUGUUUUUUUAUACAAAUUUCAAUGAAUGCUGGUGGUAUCAGAGUUGGGCAUUAAUCGACACGUUCUUCUCAACUAGAUAAUCAAUCGAUUACACGAUGCAACUCAAAAUUUAGUCGUCGGAAUUAAUCAUUAAUCGCGAGCGAUUAAUGGCCGACAAUUAAAUUAAUCGUUAAUCGCUUACGACGAUAGGCCAUCAAAUUAAUCACUUAUUCUUACUGAAUAAUGUUUCAUCUGGUUAAUUAGUCGUCGGUCGCUUAUGGCAAUCUUCAAUUAAAUUAAUGGUUACUCUUCGGUAGUCAUACGCGACCGAAGCGAUUUACGAUUAAUUUAAUCAUCGAUCGUUACGAUCGAUCGCCGGUUAAUUUAAUCGCAAGCGAUUAAAGAUUACCCGUUUCGAUCGUAAUCGUUAAUUGUCACUUUGACUAAAUUUUGCCCAACACUGGUUGGUGUAGGUCAUGCCCGAGAAAUAGUAACGCAUGUAUGUACUACUAAGAAUGCUACAACAUAGUGGAGUAAUUCUUUGCUGACGUUGGGCUAUUUUAAAAAGUAGCGGAAAUAGAUUUAUAAUACUUAAACGCUAUAGCCAGAACUGACUUUUCUGUUUAUUUAGAAAGUAACAAUACAGAAUAACAACAUAUUUUUGAUAUAGAAAAUAUGCACAUUACAAUCUAAGGAAAUUCGAAUAUUAAUUAUUAAAUCCAGUCUUUAUAUGGCCCUACCAUGACACACAAUAUUAUCAUAAUAAUAGCGUUGGGUCCCAUUGUUAACACGAUGAGCAGAUAAAUAAGUUAUAAUCUAAAAAAAGUAAUAUUUCUACUGUUUGAUGAAAAAUAGAACGCACCAUUCACUGCGACAUGCGAACUCCAUCAACAUAUAUGCGUUAAUAAUGUAAUAGAAACGAAUAAAUUUUAUUCCUGCAGAAUUACGUUUGACCACUUCAAGGCUAAUAUGUGUCCCCCAAACUUUGUAGGAUCGACGCGAGGGGGCAGACUUCGAAAUUAGCCUUGUUUCCAGCCAUUCGUAUGAGACACUGCCUGCCUUUUACGUAUUUGAUUUUACCAAUAAUAAAAUAUUGUGCAUAUUUCGGUUUAUUUAAAUUUUCUUCUUUUUUUAACUUCUAUCUGAUAUUUUAAUUAUUUUGUCGAAUAAGAUGUAAGU